AUGCCGCCCGCCAAGGCCGGGAGGAAAGAGGCGUUGGUGCUGCAGUGCGAGUGGGAGCUGUGCACCUACGUGGCCUCGAAUAUGGAGGAGUUUUGUGAACACGUGGCCCAGCACCUGCAGCAGCACCUUCACAGGGACCACCGGGAUGAGAUUGACCCUCUCGAGGAAUACAUGUGCUUGUGGCAAGAAUGUGGUUUCUGUUCCCCAGAGAGCUCAGCUGACCUUAUCCGCCAUGUCUAUUUCCACUGCUACCACACCAAGCUGAAGCAGUGGGGGCUGCGGACCCUGCAGAACCAGUCAGACGUGAGCCAUUGCCAGCUGGACUUCCAGAGCCGCAAUAUCAUCCCUGAGAUCCAGGAGAACUUUCUGUGUCUGUGGGAGUACUGUGAGAGAUCAUUUGAUAAUCCUGAGUGGUUCUACCGGCAUGUGGAAGAUCACAGCUUCUGUUCAGAGUACAAGGCAGCAGGGAAGGAGAACCAUGUGGUCAUCUGUGGCUGGAAAGACUGCGAUUGCGCCUUCAAGGGGCGCUGCAAACUGCGGGACCACUUGCGCAGCCACACUCAGGAGAAGGUGGUGGCCUGCCCUACCUGUGGGGGGAUGUUCGCCAACAACACCAAGUUCUUUGACCAUAUCCGCCGUCAGACUGCACUGGACCAGCAGAGGUUUCAGUGCUCUCACUGCUCCAGGAGGUUUGCCACAGAGAGACUGCUCCGUGAUCAUAUGAGGAACCAUGUGAACCAUUACAAGUGCCCCCUGUGUGACAUGACGUGCCCGCUGCCCUCCUCCCUGCGCAAUCACAUCCGUUUCCGGCACAGCGAGGAGCGGCCGUUUAAGUGCGACUACUGUGACUACAGCUGCAAGAAUCUCAUCGACUUGAGGAAGCACCUGGACACGCACAGCACAGAGCCAGCCUAUCGCUGCGAGUUUGAGGCUUGCAGCUUCUCUGCACGUUCCCUCUGCUCCAUCAAACUGCACUACCGGAAAGUCCAUGAGGGUGACUUGGAGCCCCGGUACAAGUGCCAUGUCUGUGACAAGUGCUUCACACGUGGAAACAACCUCACUGUCCACCUCAGGAAGAAACACCAGUUCAAGUGGCCCUCGGGGCAUCCUCGCUUCAGGUACAAGGAACAUGAGGAUGGCUACAUGAGGCUGCAGCUGGUGCGUUACGAGAGCGUGGAGCUGACAGAGCAGCUGCUGAAGGACAGAGAGAAGCCGGGGGAGGCACUGGAUGGCUCAACUGAGUGUGUGGUGCUGUCUGAGGGUGAGAGCAACCUGCAGGGCAUCGUUCUGGAGGCCCCGGCAGAGGCUCCACUGGUGGAGAACCGGAUCGCUGAGCUGCAGGUGGUCCCGCUGCACCUAGGCCCUUGCUCUGCCGACAACCCUGAGCCAGCACGGCCGAAUGCCUUCCCAGGAGCAGCGCUGUCAUCGGAGCAAGAACCCAGCACCUCGUCCAACCCCAUCAUCCGUGUGGUGAACCGGACCAACGAGCACGGAGAGAGUGAGACUGUGUAUUAUGUCAUGGCCAGCGCAUCCUCAGAGGAGCAGGUUGCGGCACCCGGCGGGCUGGCCAUGGAGCUGGAGGAGAACGUCAUGGACCGUCUGCAGAAGACAGCUGAGGAGCUGGGCAUCCAGAUUGUGUGAGAUGCUCACCUG